GCAGGAUCCCGCGGCGAUGCAGCCCCGGCCCGGUCCUGACCUGGAUUCCUACAACCCCUUCGAGACCAGCGCGCCGCCAUACCAGGUCCCGUCGGCAGCCCCGCCGCCCCUGCCAGCCGCCGGCAUGGGCCCGCGGAAAGCCAGCCCCACGGAGCCCCGGAACUACGGCUCCUACGACACGCAGGCCUCGGCGGCAGCCGCCACGGCCGAGCUGCUGAAGCGGCAGGAGGAGCUGAACAGGAAGGCAGAGGAGCUGGACCGGCGGGAGAGGGAGCUGCAGAAUGCGGCCCUCGGCGGCUCCACAGCGAGGCUCAACAACUGGCCCCCACUGCCAUCCUUCUGCCCCGUGAAGCCUUGCUUCUACCAAGAUAUCCCUGUGGAGAUCCCUGCAGACUUCCAGAAGACUGUUUCUACCAUGUACUAUCUCUGGAUGGCCAGCACCAUUGCUCUCUUCCUGAACUUCCUGGUCUCGCUGGCCUGGUUCUGUGUGGACCCCUCGUCUGGUUCUGGGUUCGGCCUCUCCAUUCUCUGGGCUCUCCUCUACACGCCCUGCUCCUUUGUCUGCUGGUAUAGGCCGAUGUACAAAGCUUUCAGGAGCGACAGUUCCUUCAACUUCUUUGUCUUCUUCUUCGUCUUCUUUGCCCAGAACGUGAUGUACGUGCUGCAGGCCAUCGGGAUACCAAACUGGGGAUUCAGUGGGUGGAUACUGAGCCUGAUAGCGCUGCGGAAAAACACGGCCGUGGCUGUGAUGAUGAUGAUGGUGUCCUUGGGCUUCACAGCUGUGUCUGUCUUGGGCAUCAUCAUGCUGAAAAAGAUCCACUCCCUGUACCGCCGGACAGGGGCCAGCUUCCAGAAGGCUCAGGAGGAGUUUGCUGCUGGGGUCUUCUCCAACCAGGCAGUGCGCACGGCGGCAGCCAACGCCGCUGCCGGCGCGGCCACCAAUGCCUUCCGGGCGCCCUAGCCGGGGGGGAGCCCCUGGCCUCUCCCUGCACCUGGGCUCUGUUCUGAGGAAGAGGAAAUCCAAGUUGCACUCCCAUUGGGUCCCCGUGUGUCUGCAUCAGCUGUCAGAGGCUGCCUCAUCCCAGCUUGGAAGUGCUGGUGCCUGAAUUGUCUGCUGCUCUAAACCCCUUUCCUCACGGAUGGAGGCUGUUCUGGUUUGCACUGGUCCCCUUCCCUCGGUGGACUGGGGAAGGAGUGGGAUGGGAGGUGCUGCAGGCAAGCCCUGGGCUUCUUGUCACCACCUCAGCACCAGCUGCUGCGGGGCAGGAGCCUCCUCCAGAUGUGUGGCAGGGACUGGAACAUCUGCUUGCCUUUCCUGGGCUCAACCCUUUCCCCACCUGGUGAUGCAUGAAGGGUUCCCCUUGUGCCCAGUCCAGGGCAGGCAGAGGGCAGCUCUUCCCUGGAGGCUUUUGCCUGCCUGCCUUUUGUCUUGGGACCUGUUUCUUUGCCUGGAAAACUGUCCCACUCUUCCCCCAAGGGCAUUCAGUGGUGGGGUGGGGCUGGCUCUGUCCCCAGGGUGAUGAGCUGAGAUGCAGCCCCCUCCUCUCCCUGUCCUACUUCUUCUCUCCUUUGCUGGGCUGAGCCUGCUCCAGGCACAGGGAGAAGGAGGGUGGGGCCAGGACAGGCACUGCUGGUGCAUGGCUGCUGCCAGGGAAUCCUGCCUUUAGCCUGGGCCUCUGGCCCCAGCCUCCCAGGCCUGGCAUCUGUGAACCUUAAAGCCAGGCUGGGGCACUGAGGAGGUGUCCUGGAGCCUCACAAUAGCUCCCUCCUGGCCUUCAGUGAUGGGGUGGAGACAGCUUCUGCUUCCCUCCUGCGUGCCUGCCCCGGGGCCAUAACCCCUCCUGCCUCCUGUCACUGUUCACCUAGAGCCUGUUACAUCCCCAGAGGCCUUUACACUCUUCCCUUCUCAGGGGCUGAGCCAGUCCCUGUCCCCAGCGCUGCCCAGUACAAGCUGUGUCCUUGCUAACCCCUGGUGUGCCCUCUCCCAUGUGCCAGUGUCCUCGGGGAGCCGUGGCCCUGAUGUCUCUGGGCUGGGUCUAAUGAGUUCUGCUUUGCUCCAUUUCCUCUCCCCUGCUCUUGGGUCUGUCCCCCCUGCUCCUGGGCUGGCGAGAGGCUUCGUGCCUUCAUCUGGGGCGGGGGAACAUUGCAAGCGGCAUCUCCCUGCCCUGUCCCGCUGGCGGUGGCUGCGGUGCCUUGCCCCGGCCGUGCCCAUCCUGCCGCGGGCCGCUCCUCCCGCCGCCCCCUCCCCCGUGUGUUGCUGUGUCCGACGCGAAGCCGCCUUCAGGUUUUAUUUAAGGAAUAAAUCAAGUUUCACUCUG